CACAGGACCCAGUCUAGUCCCGACGGUGACGUCGUUAGGAUAAUAAUUAAUAUAUUUUAUUAAAAUUAAAUUUAAGUGUUUUUAAAGAUGACAAAGUUUCUAUAUCUGUUUUUGUUUUGUUUGGUGCCAAUGGAAGCGCAGUACAGUUUCUCCCGCAUGAAGCCGACCAGAACGUGCGCGCGGCCAGAGAUCGCGCACGGCACCGCGCGGCUGAAGCAGCGCGGGCGCAUGGCGCGGUACGAGUGCAUGUCAGGAUACCAGUUGGUCGGAGACAAGUAUGCUACCUGCCUGGGAGGCAGGUGGGACAUGCCUAAACCUGUCUGCGUCCGUGGCGGCUGCACAAUGCCUAAAAUAGACCACGCGAUCAUUCUGCCCACACACAGGAACGCUUGGCUGAACAUAUUCUGUCUCCCCGGCUACACGGGUUCGGCUACGCUCUUCUGCGAUGGUCAGAAGUGGAAUGGGACUGCUCCUGUCUGCGUGUCAGACCCUGCACUCGUCGAACUAUCUUGCGACUUCGAGACUCCUACUCUGUGCGGAUGGACGCAGGACUCCCGUCACGAUUUCGAUUGGACGAGAAUUAACAAGAAGACUCCUAGUUCCUUCCUAUUUACGGGGCCGGCGUUCGAUCAUACCUUCGGGGAAGGGAAGCAAGGUUAUUACAUGUACAUCGAAAGCUCCUCUAAGUCUGAGAACGACACGGCGCGUCUCAUCUCGCCGGUGUACGCCGGGGGUUUGGAGAAGAAUGGCUGCUUCUCCUUCUUCUACCACAUGUAUGGCAGAUCCAUAGGCGGUCUCCGAGUGUACCAAAUACCUGAAAAUCAGAAGGAUCAGGUCCUGGACGACAGCGACACGAGGGAACAGUACCUCCUGUUCGAGAAGUGGGGGAACCAGGGAGACGAAUGGUUCAGAAACGUGUCGUACCUUAAAGAUGUUUCUGAUAAUUUUCAGAUAGUAAUCGAGGGUAUCCGAGGCACCAGCUUCACCAGUGACAUCGCCAUCGACGAUGUAGCUAUUUUGUCGGGACCCCAGUGUGAACAGGCUUUCGCCAGCGCCGUCACUCCGGCUGAAGAUAUACCGGAUUCUUGCGCGGGGCGGUGCUCGGAGCAGACAACGCCGCACCGCGGCUGCGGGUGCAGCACGGACUGCAUCAGCGACAGCGACUGCUGUGCCGACUUCCUUGAACUCUGUGUCUUCAACUCGGACUUUGCCAAUAGGUAUGACGACGAUACAACCACAAUGAAAACUCCAUCAGACGCCCCAAGAACAGAAAAACUUAUAUUCACUACACUACCUACUACUACUACCUCAACAACUACCCCUAGACCUACAACUACUACCCCUAAACCCACUACUCCUAAACCUAAACCUACGACUACAACGACUACGAAACGCCCUAGACCAAUUCCGACUACUAUACAAUACGGAACGCAUAUACCUGUAACACUUGUAAAUGUGACUACGGUUAAAGUGGCUACUAAGGUAGUGGCUACGACUACUCCUAGAGGAAUAACGGCUGAGGUGCGACGGGACGUGGACAGAGCGAAACAUACCAGUGAAGCCAAGAAAAUUGUGCAGGACAAAUCAAAAGGAUCUGGCGCUGCGGCGGGCGUAGUAACGCUGCUAGUAUUCUGCGUGCUAAUAGUCGGCGCCGCGCUGGCGGCGCGGAGCGCGCGCGGCCGGGCGGCCCUCGCGCGCCUGCGCGGGCGCGCCGCCGGCGACCCGGAGGUGCGGUACCUCACCAGUGAUCAUGAUUAAAUCUUAA